AUGAUCAACGCAGUGCUUGAUACCCAAACACAGCAGUCUCUCAUCUCACAGAUAUAUACGCUUGUCUCUCAGCGCCCAGCAUCUGCUUGCAAUUUUCUCCCGCUACCCCCGUUGCUCUCACAAGGCGCAAGCACCAGCUCCUCCGGCAGCCAUUCUGAUGCUCCCACACAAAUAACAUACCGAACCUACGCUACACUUUCUUUUAUCUUGAUAUCUACCUCAACAGAGUCUCCUCUCGCCCUGAUCGACUUGAUCCAAGUAUUCGUCGAAGCCCUGGACCGUCUCUUUGAGAAUGUCUGCGAGCUAGAUCUUAUCUUUGGGUAUGAAACGAUGCAUGCGGUCCUGGGAGAGAUGAUUGUUGGCGGAGUAGUGAUAGAAACGAAUCUCGAGCGGAUAGUCCAAGGAGCCAGAGCACUAGAAGGACCACGAGGGAAAAGAAAGGCCGUUGAAAGUGCCAGUUCCGCUAUUGGGCGGUCCGGAAUUCCCGGCUUAGGGGUUCCUUGGAGAUGA